AUGGUGAAGCUGUUCAUUAGAAACCUGCCCCGAGGGACCACAGAGCGCAUCUGCUCACUCUUUGAGCAGUAUGAGGUGUUGGAAUGUGACAUUAAGCACUAUGGCUUUGUGCACACAGAGGACAAGACAGCGGCAAAGGAUGCCAUCCGGAACCUGCACCACUCUGAGUCGCACGAGGUGAACACCAAUGUGGAAGCCAGCAAGUACAGGAGCAAAGCUUCAGCUGAGUUACACGUGGGUGACCUCAGCCCCACCUGUACCAACAAAGAGCUUUGGGCCAAAUUUGAGGAAUAUGGUCCAGUCAUCGACUGUGACAUCGUGGAAGAUUAUGCCCUUGUACACAUGGAGCGGGCAGAAGAUGCUGUGAAGGCCAUCAGGGGCCUUGAUAACAGUUUCAAGGUGGGAUGUGUGUGGGCUGAAAUUCCCAGCUGCGGUCGUGCAUGA